AUGGAAACUUCUUGUUUGAAUAUUGUGCACUAAAUGCAAAAUGAGUGCUCGAUUAAAAUCGAUUCUUUACAAAAAAUUCUAUCAUUCCUUUAUAAUUAACAAUUCUCAUAAUUUCGAUAUCAAGAGAACGAUGUUAGUUCUCUCAUUUUAUCUGCAGAAAACGAUAAAUUUAACAGGCAUGUAGUCAUGGAAAUACUACAAAAGCCUUCUUCUUAUUACAACGAUCAAUCAUGCCACUCCGUCUAUGAGGAAACGAGCGAUAAUAGCUCACUCACAAUUUCUCCUCUUGAAAUUUACGAGCUUGAUAACUUCAUCAUCAAAGAGUUUUACUAUACCAAAUACGAAUGCAGUAAAAGCUUAGUAACAAUUAAUGAGGUAAAAGGAGAUAACAUUCAUGAGAUUAAAUAUCUUAAGGGAUCUUUCCAAUAAUUUUUGAUGAUCAACCACCAAUUUGAACCAAUAAGCAAGUGCAUUAACUUACAAAGUCUUAAUUACGAAAUAAAUUCUAACUUCUUUGGAACAUAUGCUGCUUACUUCCUUGGUAAUGCUAUAAGUCAAUGCUCUAAACUUUAAAAGCUGUAGCUAUCUAUCAACUCUCAUGGAUUACAAUAAUAAGACGCUCUUUACCUAGUUUAAAGUAUCUCUAACUGCACCAAUCUUACUAAGCUCUCUUUAACACUCAAUCGUUGCGGCCUUAAGACUCAAGGUUCAGCACAAUUUUCUGAGAAAAUUGCUAAUCUCUCUAGCUUAACAUGUUUAUAGCUCACUUUAUGGAGCAACAAUAUUGAUGCUCAUGGAGCAUGCAUCAUAGGCUAGAACCUUUCUAAAUGCAAGAAUUUGAGGAGACUUUCUCUUGAUUUCCAAGACAAUAAAAUCGAGGAUCAAGGAUUUCUCCACUUGAGUCAUUAGAUUUCAUAGCUCUAAAUGUUAAAAAAAUUUGAAAUCGAUUUAUGGAAAAACAAUAUAACAUCCAAAGGAGCAUAUAUCAGCGUUAAAGCACUUUCUUAUUGCCAAACAAUUACCAGCUUAGGAUUGCGCUUAAGAUCAAACAAAAUAGACUCGAUAGGAGCUAUGAGAAUAGGAGAAGAAUUAGUCAAUUUCACUAAUUUGCAAAAUUUAUCCAUAUUUUUAUCAGGCAAUGACACAAUCAACACAAACGGAAUGAAGUUUUUAGGCAGAUUUAUUUCUCAAUGCAAGAAAAUCUCUGUUUUAAAUAUUGACAAAUAUUCUAAUGAAAGAAAGAAUAUCAGUAUUCUAAAUGAAAAAUGCAAGAAAGCACUUAGAUUGGUCAAAAUUUGCUGA